AUGGCUCUUCCACCUCCUCUGCGUGCGCUAGGAAUCGGCGAGUUCAAUGCACCUCAUUCGCUUGAGAUGUACCUCGACUACUUGUGCCCUUUCUCCAACAAGCAGCUCCAGGGCGUCUACGAACAUCUGCUUCCUCUCAUCUUUGAACCUUCGUCGCCCUACUAUGGCAAGGUGCGCAUCAUCUUGCGGCCUUACCCGCAGCCCUGGCACAGCAGCGCUCCCAUUCUUGCGGAAGCUGCCCUUGCCAUUGCUCGUCUGGCCGAGCCCUCGGGCAAGAAUGCCGUGGAAGAGACGAACAACCUCGUCGACCCCAAGCUCAAUGCCUUCUGGGUCUUUUCGCGCGAAGUCAUGAAGAACCAGGAAGCCUACUUUGACGGGCCCAGCCGGACCAAAAACCCAGAUCAAAUCCGUGGCGACUUUGUCAACCUCGCCGUCGCGACGCUGGGCGAGCAGCCCAAGCGGGAAAAGGGCAAGCCGCUCGUCAAGUCGCAUGAACGUGGCAUGCCCUUGGGCCAGGCGGUCAAGAAUCUCGUCAGAGUCGAGCCUGAGGGCAAUGCUGGCAGUGCAGUCGCCCCGGAUCUCAAGUACUGCGUCAAGAUUGGCCGUCAAAACGGCAUUCACGUCACGCCGACGAUGAUCUGGAACGGCCUCGUCGAGCCAUCGAUUUCGUCCUCGUAUGGGGAAAAAGAGUGGAAGGAUUUCCUCGAGAAGCACAUCGGUGGAGGUCAAAAGUGA